AUGAAGCACGGAUUAUCAUGGCUCACACCCAAGAGAUACAUGAAGUACCAGUUGUUCAACUUUCGGCUUUUGAAAGCAGAAUACGCAUUCUGGUGGACCGAGUACUUCCAGCGCAUGUGGACAGUCCAAGAGCUCGCACUGGCUGAAAACCCACCAAUCUUUGUUAUCGGCCGGAAAUCAUUUCGCUUCAGAACGUCGAAAGAAAUUGGUCAGCAUUCGAGACCUCUGAAAUACCGACGUAUUGUUUCGGGGGCCGGAAUAUACAAGUAUUUCGACGCCGAAUUGCGUAACAAGUUGGAGGAAGAGCUUCAUGAAUUUUCAAACACUUAUGACCCUACAACCCACUCAGCGCGCCUUGUGGCCGCUCGUUAUGGUUUCCAAAAUCCGGGCCUUGGCCUCCCUGCUUUAUUACAGAGCACUGCUCAUCGGAAGUGCUUCGACCCUCGCGACAGGAUCUUUGCUUUAUAUUCCCUUGCUCCUGAAUUAGAAGCAGCUUAUCCGGCUGAUUACAGAAAACCUCCAGAGCAGCCACUUCGAAAUUCGAGGCUUGAGAGUAGUGGUAGCUAUCCAUCUUGGCUUCCUGACCUCAAUCGUCAUCAGCCAGCUGGGUUUUACCCAUGGGGCUACACCCGUGCCCAAGAAAAUGGAGUGCCGCCAUCAAUUGAUGGCAAGGUCCUGUCCCUCAACGCCAGAUAUCUUGGAAGUUGUAAAACUCUCUUUCACUUCCAUAGCGACGUAACGGGAAGCUGGGUCACGAUUUUCAAGGUUAUGCUUAGCGUCGCUGUGGACCUGACCGCUUCAUUAAAGGUUUUACCAGAAUACAAAGAUCGAACUUUCGAGGUAUCAGACAUCCAUAAACAGUUGAACUAUGCUUGUUUGGGUCACAAUUUCGUUGGUUCUACUUUUGACCCAUAUGAACUGUAUAAUGAGCUUAAUGAAGAAGACCCAACCGUUGACAUACAGCACGAGGAUGUGUGGAGUAUACUCGACGUUUUCCCAUUAUACAGAAACAAGGCUGCUUGCUUAACAAACAAGAAGGUUUUCAUGGCCUCAUCGGGCCUCUUUGGAAUAUGUUCCGACGAAAUGCGAGACGGCGAUCAUUUGAUGGUGUCACCGUGGCUUCCUAUGCCUGCAUUAAUUCGGAAGCGAGAUGAAUUUCGUGGUGAGAAUGGCCGAAAGUUCGCAAAACUUGUGGACUAUACUUGCACAGCAGGGCUGUCUCAAGAUGAUCCUCAAGAGGAGACUUUAAGCUUGGUAGAGAAAAAGAAACUCAAGCGUAUUCGCAUUGGAUAA